AAUAACAAGAAGCGGGAACUUCAGUAGAGUGAUCUAUCAGCUAUAUAUUUCAUGUUUACCUGACUUUCUGGUCUUCUCAAAGCAAAUAUUUUCUGUGCAGAAAAGUGAAUAAUGGAAGAAGAUUUAGAACAAAGGUCUGGGGCUCAAUCGCGUGUAGCAAGCGCAACUUCGUCGCAUGUAGAUGGCGAAGGAGAUGUAGUCGUGGAGGAGGUGAAAGCCACUCCGACAUCUUUGGUGAGUUUUGCUACGAUCUAUGUGUAUUUCAUCUAUAAAAAACGCACUUAAUUCAUAAUCAUGUUGCUGAAUAAGUAUUUUAUUCUCUCUCGUAGAAUAUGUGUUGGUCGUUUGGUGUAAACAGGCAUGUCCCAGUUCAGAAUUUAUCGAAUGGAAGUCGAAAGGUACAAAUGACAAAAUUGUGUUUUAGUUGGUUUUGGUUGAUUUUAUCUUAAAUUUACAGCGAAAUUUCAAACUCUGCGACAAAUCUAUAACGUAAACUUAACUUACGUACCAUGACACGAAAUGAACCAACGUCUGUCUGUCCUACCUACAACACCAACUUAUCUUGAUGCACAGACCGAACACAUAUUUUCCUUUUUUUCAGGUGGCGUUCUAUGUUUGUUCUCAUGUUGGAAUGAUGUUUGACUGGGAAGCAAACAAACAACAACUUCUACAAGGCCAUGUAAGAUGUAGUCCUAAAAUUUUUCAAUUCUUCCUUUGGGAAAAUGUUUAGUCGUUAUAGGAGAUUUUUCCCACAGAUCAACUUGUACAGUUAUGCUAACACCUUGUUACUCCCUCCCCUCCUCCCCUUAGGAAUUUUUCAAGCAUUUACGGUAAAUUAACACGCUUGUUACUAUGAUUCUUUCUUUAGUGUAAUGCUAUUGCCUGUACAUGUGUCAGUGAGGACAGGCGAUGGGUUGCAACCGCAGACUGUGGUAAAGACAGUAUGGUUAUUAUCUGGGACUCAUUCACAACGUAAGAAAGUAUCUGUUACAUGUAGCAUAAAUUUGAUAAAAAGUAUGAAAGUGGCAUAAAUGUGCAGGGAAUGCAGAUAUACAAGACAUUUUUUUAUUUCCUUAAUUUUCUACUUUUUCAUAUUUUUCACUAUUUUUAGGUGGACAAAACAUGCACAUAGCUACAUUUUCUUAUUGUGCUUUUGCUUACCAAGUUCCAUUUAAUGAUAUUAAUUCUGCCCAUCAUCAAAAUUAAAAAAACAUACAAUCAUGACAUUCUGUUUUCAUUUUUAUUAUCCAUCCCAAAAGUCCCCCAUAAUUACUGGAAAAAGCCUUAGUUAGCAAUCAAAUACAACCCUGCAUGUACAAGAGAUUUGUAAACAUAACUGUAAUUCUAUUACUCUAAGUAUCGAUUUUUUGUAGCUCAUCACAAUCAAGUGGGGGGUAUGGUUUGAUGUGUAUUUCUUGUGUUGCAGUAUUCCAGUACAGACAAUAUUUGAAGCUCAUCCCAAUGGCUGUGCAGCCAUUGCCAUGUCUCCAGAUGCUAAAUAUAUUGCCACAAUAAGCAGUACCCUACCACAGGUAAUAAGUAAACCUACUUGUCCAAAAUGGAUAACCAAGCGCAACUUUGGUAAAAUUUCUGCACAGCCCCCUCAACUAUUGUAAAACAAAGUCUUAGCAUCAAAGGCAGUCUACUAUUGUUGCCAUUGUUUUCUUUAUCCAAGAACUGUAUAUGUAACGAAGUAUAUAACAGCUGUAUUAAUGGUUAAUAAUAAUCCUUCAUAGUAGUAUGAAGGAUACUUACCACAUAUGUGCCUAGUAUGUGGCCUAAAUUACCAAAAAGUUCUCUGUAGUUUAGUGGUAUGGCAGCAAAUAGGGAAAUUCUGAGCUCUGAAGUUCAAAUAUUUGUGCAUGAUCCUUGGUAGUUUUCAUUCAUCCACUCACAGAACAAACUAUUAAUAAUAUUUUUUCAUUGAGAAGAGCAAAUUUAUGAACAUUUCCCUUAAUGUGCUUUUCUGAUGGGAAAUAAAUAUUUGAGUUCAGUUAUUUUCCAAUUUUUCAAAGUUGAAGGGAAGUAGUAGCAGCAGCUAAUCUGAGAUCCUGUGUGAUCCAAGAGACAGAAAUAUUUUCAAUCUAAAAAUAUACACUUUGGGAAAAGUAUUUAGAGUUAAAAAUAGGGUGGGUAUCAGUUUUUACUGUAAUAAAUGAAUUAUCAAGUUAUCUUGGACAGUUUAAUCAUGACUUAUCUGAAUAAACUUUUUUAUUCAUUUGGUUGUUUAUCAGACUGUAUCUGUGUGGGAUUGGACAGUUAAUGGUGACAUGCCGAUGUGUUCUGUAGUGCUUGGUGAUGACUUUGGAAAACAGGUAGAAAUGUUAGCUUGCCAACAGCAUUAAAGAUGUUACUAAGUAACUUUGAAUAGUUGGGAGAAAUUGAUAAUAUGGUCUGUGGCCUGCUUUUGGUACAAAAUGAAUGUGUCAUGGACCCCCUCUUUUCUUUGCUUGUCUUUACCUUCUCUUCGUUGCUCAAGCCAUUUGACUUACUUGUAUUUUUGAAGAUUAUUUAGUUUGGUUGUGCAACAAAAUGUACUUCUUCUUUUCUCAGGACAAAUUUACAGUUUGGUUAAAAUAUUUGUUAUUUUCACAGAAUUACAUCACAUUUAACCCAGAGGAUACAAGUGAACUUGUCAGUAACAGUGAAUCUCAAGUUAUUUUUUAUCAGUGGGUAAGUCAACAGAGAAAAUACUGCUCUAAGAAGUAACUUAACAGCUCACUCCAUGGCAGAUAUCAGACUGAGUGUGAUUUGCUUAAGGGUGAAUGUUUAGAAUGACUCCUUGUGACAUCUGAACUUGUCCAGGGGUUAACCAUUGGUGAUUAUCAAAAUAGAUUGUUUUUAUGCUUUGAGAGGUAUAUAAAAAUAUUAAUCACUUACAUGUUGCCUUUUCUACCCGACCUUUGGAAUCCAGAGCUCUUAAUUUUCUCCUAAGAGAUUCUUGAAUGAAUUAGAUUUUGUGUUGUAUGGUAUAUUAUUUUGCCAAAUACUAAACAUUCUUCUGAUCAUUAAAUUUUCAGAAUGAGAAGGCUUUAGAGUUUGUUGCUCCACCCCUCACAGACAAGGUAAUACUUAUGGUCUUUGUUUAUAUCUUGAGAGCUUUUUUUCGGACACAAUGUGUCAAAUAAUAUCACCAAAAAAAUUACUUUAAUCAAUCAUUAAUUACUUUACUGUAAGAGAAAAAAACCAAAGUUACAAAUCUGAUUAGGUGACAUUGCAAUUUAAGUGAACCACCAAAAACAAUGGAUUUUACAGUCAACAUGCAUUGUUGGAGAUAUCUUGCUGUUAGAUCAAAUCAUUCUCGCUUGAUUCCUGGAAUAUGAGCUGAUGACUGGGUCUGAGUUAGUUUCCAGUGAUCAGGGCAGUAUUCUAUUCUAGUGACAACAGAAUUUAACCCUGGAAUACCCCAGGCACCCAUGUUUUAUCUGAGCACAGUAGUGGGUUGAUUACAUGUUUUUGGUUUUUAAUCUAUUAUACAUGCGACAGACUGAGAUAGACUCCACAGAGGGUGUGAUAUCUUAUCCCUCCUCACAAUAUCACCCCUGAAUCAUUCAUUUAGGUGACAAGAAUCAAGGAAAUGAUCACCAACUGGAGGAGCUCUUGAUUGUUACACAAAUUCUCAUUGUUAGCACAUUAGGAAAUAUCUAAAUAAUAGUAUGGGGAAUAUGCGUCCUGAUGUUAGGUAAAAAAGGGUUAAACUUGAAUUAAAAAAUAAUUUAUUUACUCUUUGUAGGAUUUCAACCGGAGUGUUGGGCUCUACAGCCAGUCAAUUUUUCAGCUCCAGUCCCCCAGAGCACUCACAGCCACAAGUUGUGGAAACAUAGUGGUUUGGGAACAUACUGGAGGGGACUUAAAAUGUAACAGAAAAGCAUUCAAGAUUGUGAAAUUGCAAGAGAAAGCUCUUACAGUACUCACAACUACUAACAGGUAACUAAGUGUUAUCAAAAGGCACAGGCCUGGGUUGUUCAAAAAUUCAAUAGCACAGUACAUUUUGCAAUCAGUUAUCAGCUGAAUGGUGAUUUAUCAGUUGGAUAGUGUCAUCUACCCUUUAUGUAACUGGGUCCAGAUCAUUAAAAGUUGAAGUCCUCUGAUGCACAUGUCCUACUGCAAAGUUUUGAAUCUAGACCUAGUCAGGAACCUUCAUUUACAAAAAGGAGUAAGCAGUUCUUGGACAGCUAACAUCUUAUUAUAAACAUCUCUGUUUUUAGUGAACAUAAAUUAAAAGUUAAAUUCAUUUUUUAGGUUCAUUGUGACAGGAGAUGUGGCAGGUCAUGUGAGAUUUCUUGAUCAACAGCUCAGGCUCACUAAUUGGUAUUAAAAUCAUUCUUUUUAAUUUCAUUCAAAUUUAUUAUGUAAAUUACACUGCAGUAAAUUCCAAUGCUUACUAUAAAAAUGUUAACUUCUAAAAAUACUACUGAUUCACUGUACUACUGAAAAUUUACUUCAACAUUAAUUUAGCAUACUCUCAAAAAUGUAACUUGCACAGAUGUUUUUUUUUAAUUUGCUAUAGCUUAGGGCCAAAUAUCUUCCUGUACAUUCAGACCCAACUCAGUCAAUUAGCACUUAACCAUAUGACUGCUUCAGGGCAUAAUUACUCAAUUACAUGUUUUUAUUUAUAGUCACCACAAUUUGAUAUUUGUAUCAUAAUGUAUAUAAUUAUCAUCAUUAUCCUUUGAUAAUGAUCAUCACAAUAAGUAUCGUCAGGCAUGAUCAUCAAUGUUGUUGUUAUCUUGAUCAAUUCAUUAUUGGAAAUAAUUUUAUCCACCUCAACAGGUAUAAGCACUUCAAUGCUGGUCCUAUCAAUGCAGUAUCAUUUUCUUACUCACCAAAGACAGUUGAUGGACAGUAAGUGUCAAAUGGAACUAAUAAUCAUUAUCAUAUGUGAUUGUUCACUAAAACCAUCUAAUGGCUUGAAACUUUCCAAAGUUUGCAAAAGUUAUCUAUAUACACAGAAAUCUCUCCAGUAAUGAUCCUAUGACUUGAAUAUUUAAUUUUGUUCUUCCUCUCAAAACUGAUUAUUCUAAAUGAAGUAAUCUCAUUUAUACAUGAUGUCCUCUCUUUGGUAAUGGACACAAGAUGUUGUGAAUUCUUCAAUUCUUUCUACCAUUAAAUUCAAUGAAACGAUAUUGAUAUGGAGACACCUAAGCUCUUUUAUAGUUAAUUUUAUAAACUCUUCAUCUGAGCAUUGUUUCUAGAAUUGUCUUUUUAACUCCAAACUCAUACAUAUCAUGAAUAUUUAUAUUUUUUUUUUUCAAAAUUGGAUGAUUCUGAAAUUAUUUUUUCAAAGGUUUUUUGAAACCUCAUUAAAAUUCGAGAUCAUGUGAUGUAAAAUUUUUAUCAAGCUACCGACAAGUAUAUGUGACAUUCUGAAAGUUCAAAAGGAAAAGUGACAGCUUUUAACUUUGUGAUGUCACUUUUCAUAUCUUAAUCUUUGUGAUUUUUAAAUUUGUUGUAGAACUCCCCCAGUUCAACCAAACUAUCCUUCCAGUUCUACUUUGGAUGCUGAACCAUUUGUAGUAAAUGAUUUCUUAAUUAGCACAUCCACUGCCAACAUUGCUCAUUUUGCCACUGAUGGGAGUGAACUUCAGGUACAGUGUCAUAUAUGAACUUUAUAAUGGGCCUUGCUCACCAGAGAGUCUCUGUGGCUCAGUGGUAGAGCAUCGAAGCACAGAAUCCAAAGGUCUGAGGUUCGAUUCCUCAUGGGGACUCAGAAUUUUUUCUUUGUCCGAGGCUAGUGAUAAGACGAAAAACAUCUUUCUCUAGUUUCUUCUUCAUUGAUUACUAGCCUGUAUUCCAUUUGACUCUAACAUCCACAAAUAUAUUUGUAACAGAAGCAGUGUGUCUCUUGUCCCCUUAAUUCUCAGGUAUCUCUUGCAUUUUGAGAUCAAAUCACUUGUUAGAUAAGUUGCUUUAAAUAUUUUCCUCUUGUCAAUUCUAGUUUGUCCGCAGGGAGCAUGAUAGUGACACUCAUGGCAUAGCAUGCCACCCAUCUGAGUAAGUUAUUGGACUUUCAUGUAUUACUUGUCAUAUUUACACUAACAUCAAUGGUGUACUCUUAUGUUAAGAAUUUAAUUUCACAAGGCCACUUGCAUAUGUAUCAUGAAAAUCCUUUAAUCUUUAGUUCUGAACAAUGUAAUACUUUGUUGUAUAAGAAACAGAAUCAGGAAGUGGUGACUGGUCAUUGAAAGUAUAAAAACUACUGUCAGCACUAUCUAUCCUAACCAUUUUAACAUGACAACAACAUACUUUAUAAAACUUUCAUCAUAGGUGAUCAUUUCUUUGAAAUGAAGGUUCUUAAUAGGCAGUUCAAACAAUCUUAGUUCUCCACAGUGGCUGGUUUAGAUCUUCAAUACUGUGCUAUGACCCUUUUAAUUGGUUAACAACAAUGGGAAACUUCCUUCAUAAACUUCUACUGCAGAGUUAUGAUUUAUUUGUGGUUUUCUUUCUUAGAGACAAGCAAUAUGAACAUGUUUGAUUUUUCAGACCAAGGCUGUGUAUUGGGAGUUACUCAGGUCUACUUCAGCUUUGGGAUUAUGAAAAGAAGUAAGUUUGUCAAUAUCUUAUCUUGAAAGUAAUAAUUAUAUUCCUAAAAUAUAAGAAAACAUCUUUUCCUAGAAGCACUGUGAAAUGAUUUAAGUAUUUAUGUAAGUAUUUUUUAAAAUUACAUUGUAGUGAUGUAUCUGGAUAUUUUUUUAUUGAACAGAGAACUGCUGGCAAGUCGAGUUUUUGAUCAACGUCAACUGAUGAUCCAAUGCAUGACCUUUAACCCUUCAGGAGAUCUUUUAGGUUUGUGUAAUUAGCAAGAUUUAAAUGUAUAUUUGGAAUGAUUUGAGUGCUCUUUUUGAGGCCCUUUCACGUCCUGGUUGUAUUUGAAUCAAUAUUUAUUACAAUUAAUGCCAAUGAAUUAACUCUGAUUAGUAUAUACCAUGUACAAGUGAAGUAAAGUGCUUUUGGUGCUGGUUGAUUGGCUAGUUUGUAGGUGAUUUAAACUAGUACUUUCACCUCUGAUUUAUUUAAGAGACAAAAUUGCAUGUGAAGAGUUAACUUUCUCACCAUUUUUGUUGUAAUGAACUAAUUUUCUGGUUACUAAAGCAAUAAUUCACUUGAGUGUUGGUUGAAGUGAUGGAUAUUUGCCUUGCUGCUUCAUGGCUUGGUAAACACUUGUAUCCACUGCUAUUCACCUCCACUUUGGUGAGUGAUUAUUAACUAAAUAAAUAUGAAUUUCCAUUGCUACCAAACUGAUUGUACAAAUAGAGAAGAAGUCUGGAAAUGAUGAUAUUCUUUUAUUUAUUGUAGCUAUUGGAUUUACUAAUGGUAGUGUGCGUAUCUUGGAUGGAUUGCUGCUGAAGGAAGAAGGGCAUGGUGAUGGCCUUGCUGUUUUCAAUCACUGCCAUGAUUGUGUCACUAAUAUCAAAUUCUCUCAUGAUUCCAACUAUUUGGCCACAUGUGUAAGUAUUUACAACAAAAUAUCAGGUGUUACAAUUAAAAAGAAGAAAGAAAGUUCAAUGUUUUGACUGAAAUGUCUUUGACCUUUAACCACACAAGUUUUUUAUUAUUAAUACUAUUUUCUUCAAUGAAAUAGUAAAGAGGGUCUGGCGAUUCAUUAUCAGGUGUUAGUACAAUUUUAUGAAAGGUUUUCUAACUCAUUUGGUAAAGGUUGCAACUCUGUCACAGAUGUAGGAAAUAAUUGCCCAACCCCUAUGAAUGAAUGGGUGAACCUACUUCUUAAAAAGUUGCCAUUAUCCAACUUGUGUUCAUAGUCCUGAUUUUGUCUUUAAAAGGAUUUAGACCGCUGUGUAACAGUUUUCAAAGCACAGAAGGACAACUCAGACCAACCAUGGGUUUAUGUUGGUAAACAGAGAGCUCACUAUAAAACAAUACAAGGUGAGUGAAUGUUGGUUUGCUUUCUUUAGGACUCAAGGAGACAAAGGGUACCAUCAGCCUCCAUUGUUCAACGCUUUAAUUUGACAAUUCAGAGCAGUUGCUUUUCAGCCAUCCAGCAUGGUUUUGCAUGAGUUAUCAUUCCCCCCUCCCACCCUAUCCUCUUUUCUUUUUGUCUUUUCCCACCACUCCAAUUAGUGUUUGCAAGUUGCUGGAAUUGAGGCUUUUGAUUGAUUAACAAGGACUUGCCAGCUAUGGAUGUGAUAAUUUUUAACUGGAGCUUGGCUGGAUGCAGUGGAAGCCCCUGGAGAUCCUAGGCACCAAGCUUCCAUUUCUGCAAGGCAACCAGUUAGUUAUUGUAACUUUCCAUAUCUGAUACAUCUUGGUUGUAUUGUGAAGCCAGUUUUACCUUUUUACAGACGUUUCCUUUGGGAUAGCUUUAGACAGUGAUAUCCCUCGGUUACUUUCUCUGGGUCAAGAUAGAGUGCUGGUAUGUAAGGGAUCACUUGUAAUUUUGCUAUUGUGUUGAACCAGUAACUAAAAGCUAUACACGCAUAUUCGAAGGAGCCCUCCUGAACCCUUUAACCCCCAGAGAUGUUUUGGCAUUUAGUUUCUCCUCACAAUUUAACUAAUACAUAAUUUUUAUUAUUGCAUCUCUGGUGUUUAUCUUCUGAGCAGACCAUAGUUUCAAGAUGUAAUUCUCUUUCCAUGCUUAAAAAAAAAAGACUUUAAAUAAUGCUCUUCUUUCACAACAUGAUUCUCUGUGUUUUGUUUAUUAGGUGGAGUAUGAUCUUCUGAACAGCAGCACAGAUGACCUCCAUCUCAUCAGUUCAGAGAGAAUUGAACAAAGUGCUGUACCUCAAUGUUUUACUUGGUAUCCACCAAUUGUCAAGGAAGAUUUUCUAGUAGUCGCUAACGAUCAGGUAUUUGAAAAAGUUUUAGUGUAGAUGUUUACCCAUGCAUCAUUAAUGAACUAAAUAGUUAUUGAAUAAUAAUGAAUUGAACGAAGACCCAUCAAUGAUCGUUGGCAAUUGUUUUCUAUUACAUGGAACAAGUAGUUUAUUUAUUUAUUUAUUUUUUUCAUUUUUCUUAAUCACAGUUCAAAUUAAAAUUGUAUAACUCAACCACGAAGAUGUGUAGACAAACACUGCUGGGACCAACAUAUGGCACCCCACUGAGAAGGUAAGAGGUGGACACAGUACUGAGAGGGAAAAUUUAAAAUAAGUGAUACGCGUAUUAAAAUUCUUGUUUCUUUUGCUCAUCAUCAUUAUUAUGGUCAUCGUCAUCAUCGAUAUUACCUCGUGGUCGUCGUGGUUACACCCUUCUUUAAGACUGCAUGUUGUAGCCCCUCGGAGUUUGGCGAAGGGAUAGUAACGUAAUGUGAGGUUUAGUAGAAUCUUCUUGUGGAGUCGUUCAAAGUAUUACUUCAGUAGCCCUUUUACGUGCGCGUUGUGGUACAUGAGUCUGCUCUCUUCAAGGCCUUGACCCUUUACACCCUGACAUCAGUAUGCAUAUUCUCCAUACUUUCUCUAUACAUUUCUUAAGGUUCUGAGCGGAGAAUUUGUUUAACAAUCAAGAACUUCUUUAGUUGUUGAUCAUUUCCCUUAUCUCGUGACCUUAAUGUUUUAUUCAGAGGUGAUCUUGUAUGAGGAAAUUAGAUGCCAAUCACUCUUAGGGGUUAAAGGGUUAAUGACCUGAGAAAAUUUCUGCGAUUUCACCUAUUCAGUCUAAGAAAGUAAAUAUUGAAAUGUUGUUGAUUGUAGGUUCGAAUCUGAAAAGUAAAUCUAUUUCAGUAGUGUGUUCCAUUCAUAUAUUUGAAUGUUAGAUGCUUUUACUUUUUCCAUUUACUUGUCGAGUUUACAAAGCUUUUGUGAUUCAUUUGCAGACUUAUCGUGUUACCAACUCACGAGGAAAGACUGUCACGGUAUCUCGCUUACAUUACAGUGGACAAGGUAAGAAAUUUAAAAACUUCUUUGGUGUUUGUCAACUCCUCUCAAGCUAUCUUUUAGGGUCUCAUUCCAUUUUUUUUUAACAAAAACCUGGCAAUAAUUUAAUCCCUGGUACCUAUCUAUCACAAUGCUUCCAGGUUGGUCUUCAAUGCCUACCAUUAGAUGGAAAUCCGCACAAGACCAUGGCUUUAAUCGCACAUCCAGAGGGGGUAAGGAUAUUUUUAAGAACAUUGCUUUCUAACAAUUUAAAGAAGAAUUUUGUCAGUCGUCUGGCAUAAAGUUUAGCUUUAAUCUGAUACUGUCUUCUCUAUAUAUUAUUUUUUUCAAUGCAAGGUGUCUAACUUGGUUUCUUCAUGUGAUGGGAAGUAUGUUUUCACAGCUGGUGGCGAGGAUUGUAGUGUGUUAAUGUGGGAAAUCAACCUGGAGUAAGUACUGAUUUAAUUGUUACACUCUUGGUUUGUUCGGUUUAUUUGGACCAGUCUAAGAAAUCGCCUGGAAAUAUGGUUACGAACGUCAUUAUUGACAACACAAUUUAAUAAUGGUUCAACUAGAUAGGAUGGAUUCCGAUAAAGGUGCUCUGUAGUAAAUUGGUAGUUUCCAAGGGAUGGUUGAUCAAAGACUACAAAAUGACUACUCGAAAAAGGAUUAGUAUAUUUUGUCCUUUGCAACCGGUUUUUGCUGCCUUUUUGUUUUCUGUGGAACCUGCCGGAGGAGGACACGGGAGAACCCUAUUACCGUCAGUUUAAACGAGAUCACUCUUCAUUAUAAAUUCCUUUUUACAGACGAUAAGGACGGAGAGAUUAAGAUAUACUAAGUCUGAUGCCUGUAAGUAAUGCAGGUUCAACGUUUAAUGAAGAUUUUGCAGGUUACUGUGCAUCUAAUCAUUAUAGCUAAGAAAGUAAAAAUUGGCCUUCUUCUUCUUCUUCAGUGCGUUGGAAGCUGCGGCUGCUCUCGGCGGUGAGGGUCUGGUACCGUUCUACGGUUUAUUAGAAGGUGGUCGGGACGGUGAACUGUUCGCUGAGUUGGAGGACUAUUUCUAUUACGCCCAGAUCAGAAGGUUUGCUGUACUGUUGGAUUUGUCACGGUAGAUCUAUGCACUGUCUUUGUCAGGGAAACUUAGGCUCUACAGAAAUGUCCUUGACUUAUCCUUAAGAAAAAAGCUAAUUUUUAAUGGGGAAAUUUUGUGAGGAUUUAGCUUUAAAUUCUCAGGAAUAGCUCAAAAAGAAAUGUAUGAUCAGUAGUGGGGAGAAUUAACUUUUGGAUCUUUGGUGAAAGAGUCAAUUGAGAGAAAUCCCACUGUUGACGUUUUUGAAAAGGGGACCGGAAGGUGAAUGUAACUAUUAAAGGAUGAUGUUAGAGGAAAUUCUGUCAGAGUGAAUCAGUUUGUUUCUUACCUCAGUCAAGGUGUGGACACUACAGACACCAGACAAGUAUCAACAAAAGUGCCACUAGCUCAGGUGCCGUAUAUCAUGCGAGCUUUGGGAUACUAUCCUACGGAACAAGAGGUAAGGCUAAUGAGAUUUCGUUAAUUUUUUCCAAGGCCUUUGAUCUGCUUGCAUUUCAACCAAAAAUUCCUUUUCUUGGUAUGCUCUUCAGAUUGAUGAUAUGAUCAAUGAGGUAAAAUUCAGAGAUUACGUUGCAACAGGAAAAUACGUAAACGAGAUUGAUCUGGGUGAAUUUAUAAAACGUAAGUAUUUUUGAAUUUGAUCAUUAGCCGUCGAUGAAUGUUCUAUGCUCGUUCUUUGUUGUUGAGUGGAUUUUUCAUUAUAGUACAUGUUAUUGCUCAUUUUUUGGCCUCGUGCUCUCCUUAUUUUUGUAAGUGUGCCACAGUUAUAGCGUAAACUGUAAUGACUUGGCCGGGGACUGCUCACGCUGUAUGGGAGACUGUGUCGCAGCUCUAAUGAUAUCACAGGAAUACCCCCAAACUUUUCAAAAGUUGGUGUGUCUGGGCACAAUGUUGAUUCAUACUGGAUAUUCGCAGAGUUCUAAUACGUGUAUUGUUACGUCACCAGCUGAGUAAAUUUGGUUUACGCACUGAGUGUUUUGUUUAGUGGGAUUUGUUACUGAUUAGCGAGAAUAUCGUGGAACAAAACUUUCUCGAACAAUUACCUCGUCUCGCUCUCUAUUUUCAUGAGAAAGGAUUAGAACGAGAGUGCUCUGUUCUUUUUGCAGUUUACGUCAACCAUCGCCCUGCGUUUGGCUUAUCACCGUUUGACUUAAAUGAAGCAUUUACCAAGCUGGGUAUACCGAGUGACGAAGGAUUUGCAAUUGAUCGGGACAGACUUUUGACUCUGUUACAGAACAAAGGUACGACAGUUAACUUAUUUCCACAAAGAAGGGAAUCAUCUCUGUGAUUUGUAUUACUUAGAGUUAGAUUGAAGUUCUGCUUUUGUUUUUGCGAUUUUAAGAUGGUUUUAUUGUGUUUUGUCCUUCUCAUUUUGUUUCAUUAAUUUCUCCUUUACGCUGAAAUAGAACUCACAAAAGUUUUAGCUCUGAUAUUUACCCCUGGAGCGCUUCAUGAUUUAGUGUCGUAAAACCAAAACCAAAUGAAUCAAAACAGCCAAUCAGAACAAAUAACCCCAUAUCAAAAGAGGCAUAUAAUAUUGCAAAGUAAAAUUAACUAACGUGCCUGAAGUGCGGGAAAACGAAAGUGAUCAAGAGGUCAUUAAUUUUGAUUUUGGAUCGAAAAUGGCGUAGAUUUCUGGACCAAUCAGAUAGCGCAAUAUAACAAAAUCGGUACAAUCCUGGUUUACUAUCCACACUUUGUAGAUCUCACAUAUCUCGAUUUUCUUUGUCUCAGGUGAACAUAUGACAGAGGCUGAGCUGGCCGAAUGCAUGUCCACGUUGUUAGGUCUCGGAGAGUUAGGUGGCAGUGCAGAGACUGGAACCUAUGACGCUUCUAAUGCAAGCGAAUUGCUAAAAGAGCAUCUGCCAGAGAAUGUUACCGCUGACAGCUUUGCGGCUCAAGUGUUGGGUUUCGUUACUGAAGGAAAUGAGACGCCCUCUAGCUAAUUUAUUAUUGGAAAAGUUUACUUAAGAUAUAGUUACUUAAACGGUAGAGAGAUGUAUUUAUUUUGCAAUGACACUUCGUGAGCAAGCAGCCAUUUAUUCAUUUUAUCUGACGCACGUGUCAAUGACAUUCCAGGAUGUAGAAAGCGUUAGAACAGUCUCAUGGUUGUGUUAAAAGAGGUUUGGAGUAGCUAGCGAGUAAUUCCAACACACCAGUCUUGUGAUAUAUGCGUCCAGUAGAAUUUUUUGCAUUCCUGGAAUAUCAUACGGUCAUCCAGGCAGGAUAUUUUAACUGCUUGGGAAAGUUGUACAUAUGUAAAUAUUGGUAAUCCCAGAG